GCUGCUGCCGCCGCUGCUGCUUGAUUGAGGGACCGAUUCAUCGCGCGGCCGGAGGGACCCCCGUCAGCCUUUUUUUUUUUCCUUCCUUCCCUCUCCGUCGCUUCGCUGCCGCCGUUUCCAUCCUCCUCUUCGUCCCUCCCCUCCCCUCUCCCCGCCGCCAUCUUCCUCUGCCUUUCUUCGGCGCCCGUCGUCAGGUUUCAUCUCUCGUUAAAAUGUCUAAUGGUUAUGAAGACCACAUGGCUGAUGACUGCAGGGACGAUAUCGGCAGGACAAAUUUAAUCGUGAACUACCUUCCUCAGAACAUGACCCAGGACGAGUUACGGAGUCUCUUUAGCAGCAUAGGGGAGGUGGAGUCCGCCAAGCUGAUUCGCGACAAAGUGGCAGGACACAGCUUGGGUUAUGGUUUUGUGAAUUACGUGACCGCGAAAGACGCUGAAAGAGCAAUAAACACGCUGAAUGGCCUGAGACUCCAGUCCAAAACUAUCAAGGUGUCGUACGCUCGCCCAAGCUCUGAAGUGAUUAAAGAUGCAAACUUAUACAUAAGUGGGCUGCCACGGACAAUGACGCAGAAGGACGUCGAAGACAUGUUUUCACGGUUCGGACGCAUCAUCAACUCGCGCGUGCUGGUCGAUCAGACUACAGGCUUAUCCCGUGGGGUUGCUUUCAUCCGGUUUGACAAGAGAUCAGAAGCCGAGGAAGCGAUUUCAAACUUCAACGGCCACAAGCCGCCGGGCUCCUCUGAACCCAUCACGGUGAAGUUCGCAGCCAACCCAAACCAGAACAAAAACGUGGCCCUCCUGUCCCAGCUCUAUCACUCCCCAGCUAGACGGUUUGGGGGGCCUGUCCAUCACCAGGCCCAAAGAUUCAGUUCCCGUGGAACCCAUCAGCUCGGUCCCAAUUGCACCUCCAACUUCUUCCAUUAGAUUUUUAAGCACAUUCUGUAUAAUUUUAGAAAGCUCUGAAACAGUUUUCUUUCAUACUUAAUGGCAGUGGAGUGUUUUUUGACCCCAAAUGAAUAUGUACCCCCCCUCCCUCCCAAGUAUGUCAGUAAUCAUUGUGGAUGUCCAUAUCUGUUCUUAUUAUUAUUAUUAUUUUCUUUUUAAUCUUCUGUUCUCUCAGAUUAUUUUUUACUCUUCUCACUUUCUUUCUCUCUCUCUCUUUUUUUUUUCCUCAUAGAAUUUCAUUUAAAUAGAGAAUUAAAAAGCCCUUCAGAUCCUCUUUCCCCUAUUAAUAAAGAUUGAAAAUUUG